CUCAAAAUGUGUCCGCUCCUUCCUACGAAAUAGUUAUGGUAUGAGAAUCGUACUUUCUACCAAUAUCUUUUCUGAGAGAGAAGCACGAUGCAAUAUGUAGGAAGGGCGUUUGAUUCUGUAACAAAGACAUGGAAUUCUAUCAAUCCCUCUACGCUAUCGGGAGCCAUUGAUUUAAUUGUAGUAGAACAGGAGGAUGGAACUCUUGCAUGCUCGCCUUUUCACGUUCGAUUUGGAAAAUUUAGCUUACUGUUGCCUUCUGACAAAAAGGUUGAGUUUUCAGUAAAUGGUCAAUUGACCGAUUUUAAUAUGAAAUUGGGAGAUGGUGGAGAGGCUUUUUUUGUUUUUGCUACUGAAAAUGCUGUACCUAAAGAAUUACAAACCUCGCCCAUUGCUUCUCCUACCGCCUCUCCAAGACAAGGUCCUCUCAUUAAUAUCCACGAGCCUCAUGAUUUGCAAUUGGAAAGCUCUGCACAAAGUGAUUAUCCGAACUCAACUGACAUGUUUCUUGGCGAACCAAACCAAGUCUUUUCCUCUACUCGAGAGUCCUAUCGCCGCUCUAAUUCUGACGCAAGCGAACGGGUUCCAUUCCCUCCAUUUGUCCACAGGCGACAUUCUAGUAUGGGUGAUGUCGACAAUGUGGAGACAGAACCGUACAGUCGAUUAGAAGGAACAGCAUUGGUGGACUUAAAGCUCUUACAAAAGGCAAAAGAAUUGGGAAAGCGUCUUUCUGGUAAAGAACUUCCGGCACAUAUUGAUGACAAUGGAGAUGUCAUGUUGGAUAUGACAGGUUACAAAGCUUCAGCUGCAAAUUAUAAUAUUGCCGAGCUUGCUCGUGAGACGUUUAAGGAUGAGUUUCCUUUAAUAGAAAAAUUGUUUCGCGAAGACGAAGAGGGAAACCUCUGGUUCCAUGCCUCGGAAGAUGCUAAAAAGUUUGCAGAAGUUUAUGGUCAUAGCCCACCAGGAAGCCCUAUGAAAACGCCUUCUUCUCCAAAAUCCGACUCUGCCCUAAUGAAUGAUAACAGGGAAGAUGUACGGCCAUCUUCCUCGUUGUCAGAUCGGUCUUUGUCUCCCUUUCCUAGUAAUACUUCCUAUCAUUACGCAAAAACCUUACGACUUACUUCUGACCAGCUCCGUUCUUUGAAUCUAAAAUCCGGAAAAAAUGACUUAUCAUUCAGUGUCAAUGGAGGUAAAGCUACGUGCACUGCCAACCUAUUUUUUUGGCGUUACAGUGAUCCUGUUGUUAUAUCAGAUAUCGACGGUACCAUUACCAAAUCUGAUGCACUUGGUCAUAUGUUUACGUUGAUCGGAAAGGAUUGGACCCAUGCAGGAGUCGCCAAGUUAUAUACGGACAUCACAAACAAUGGAUAUAAGAUCAUGUAUUUAACCAGCCGCUCCGUAGGUCAAGCAGAUUCAACUAGACAUUACCUACAGAAUAUCGAACAAAAUGGUGUUUGUUUGCCCGACGGACCCGUUAUUCUUUCUCCAGAUCGAACAAUGGCAGCUUUACAUAGAGAAGUCAUUCUUCGUAAACCAGAAGUAUUUAAAAUGGCGUGUUUACGCGAUCUUUGUAACUUGUUUGCAUUACCUGCACCGAGGACUCCUUUCUAUGCUGGAUUUGGGAAUCGUAUCACUGAUGCUAUUUCCUAUAACCACGUUCGUGUACCGCCUACUAGGAUAUUUACUAUCAAUUCUUCUGGUGAAGUACAUAUUGAACUACUACAACGGAGUGGAUAUCGAAGUACUUAUGUUUAUAUGAAUGAUUUAGUCGAUUACUUUUUCCCACCAGUUGAGAUUUCAACAAAAGAGGAUUUAUCAAAUUUUACUGAUGUCAACUUUUGGAGGUCACCUCUGCCAGAGUUGAGUGAUGAAGAAGAUGAGCCAAAAAAGAAAUCUCCUAAACCUUCCAAAGUUACUGAGUUAGUUGAGAAAGCUCCGCCAGUAAAUGACAAUGAUAGUGACCAAAUCAAUAUGUUCAACGAUGAAGAAAAAGAUGAUAUUUCAAGUCCUCUCAUGCGAACCUUACAAAGUAUAAAUUUGGAUGACGAUCUUAAUUGGGAACACCAAUUUCUGGAUGAAAAUGAUGCAAAGUAUGAUGAUAACUACAUGAGAGCCUUUUAAUGAAUCAGAUUCCAGUUAAUGACCCAGAAUAUGAGACUUACGAUUCUAAAGAUACAAUAUAAUCGACUGAGCUAAUAGAAUAGAAUAGUUUGGACUUUAAAUACUUUUUAUUUUUUUGUUUUGUAUGUAACACGACAAUGGUAAAUGGC